CAAAGAUGAAAAGUGGAUCAGGUUAAAACCAUCUCAUAACUCUUUCGUUGUUAUGGCUGGAGAUUCUCUAUAUGCACUUAUGAAUGGUAGACUAUCUCGUCCGUUUCAUAGAGUAAGAGUAACGGAAAGAAAGAAGACAAGGUAUUCAAUAGCAUUGUUCUCGACUCCAAACGGAGAUUACAUCAUCGAACCACCAAAAGAGCUUGUGGACGAGAAGCACCCACGUCUCUUCAAAUCAUUCACUUACGUUGACUUGAUGAGUUUCUAUCACACUGAGGCUGGUCGUAGACCUCGUUCUACUCUUCACGCUUAUUGUGCCGUCUCUGGAGCAUAAAUGUGUGCGCUUACUUACGAGAGUUUCAACAAUGUUUAAGUAGUUUCAUGGUUCAACUAAUAUCAAGAACUGCAUGUAGUACUAAAUAAGAGUUUUUGGAUUAGUUGAGUAUAUGUGUUUUAUUUCGGGAGAAGCAAUCAAGUCUCUCUUUUGUAUGAAAAAUCAAUAAAAAUAUGUGUAUGAGCAUGUUCAAUAAUGUAAUGAAUUUGGUUGGA